AUGGGGAUAGCUUCAUUUUUGGAGAAGGGCUUUGUCAGGCCGAGUCAUUCCCCAUGGGGUGCUCCAAUUCUAUUUGUGAAAAAGAAGGAUAGGUCUAUGAGGAUGUGUAUAGAUUACCGUGAACUGAAUAAAGUAACGGUAAAGAAUAAGUACUCAUUGCCUAGGAUAAAUGAUUUGUUCAAUCAACUGAAACGUGCAUUAGUGUUUUCUGAAAUUGAUCUAAGGUCAGGAUACCAUCAGGUUAGAGUGGCUAAGGAAGAUAUACCGAAAACGGCUUUUCAUACAAAAAAGACACUGUUUGACGCACACUGUCACCUUCAAGACCCAAGAAUCUUUCACAAGGCACCUCAAAUUUUUGAAACCACCCUCAAUUCUGGUGUGCUUCAUUUCGCUGUUAAUGGAGUCUCCGAGAAAGAUUGGCACUUGGUCAAACAAAUGAGUGAAAAUUAUUCUUCUGUUAUUCCUUGCUUUGGACUUCAUCCUUGGUUUAUUCAAGAGAGGACUCCUCACUGGUUCCCUACUCUCAAGGAAUUUUUUCAGGCUUCUCCCUCAGCUGCCAUUGGGGAGAUUGGUUUGGAUAAAGGUUCUCGGGGAAGGGAGAUUGACUUCGUGGAUCAGGUUGAAGUAUUUAGGCAACAGCUUGAAUUUGCAAAAGAAUUGAACAGGCCGGCAUCCAUACAUUGUGUCCGUGCUUUUGGCGAUCUGCUUGAGAUAAUGAAAUCUAUUGGGCCUUUCCCUGCUGGUGUCAUUCUCCACUCUUACCUGGGUUCUGCUGAGAUGGUUCCAGAGUUUUCAAAGCUUGGUGCAUACUUUUCAUUCUCUGGAUUUCUUAUGUCCAUGAAAACACAGAAGGCAAAGAAAAUGCUGAAGAUGGUAUCUUCAGAAAGGAUUUUGUUGGAGACAGAUGCACCUGAUGCACUGCCAAAGUCAAAUUUAGAUUCUCUGUUUUUAGUCGAUGGAGACCCUUCCCUCCCUCAAGAGUUUCAUGCCCAGGAAGAAAACUUGGCCUCAAAAGUUGGUACACCCUCUGAUGAACAGCCCCAUACUUCAAAAGAUUCAUCAGUGCUUCCAAAAGAAACACUAAAUCAUCCGGCAAACAUUCAUAACGUACUCAUUUACGUUGCAUCUUUGCUGGAUAUGCCUAAAGAAGAGGUUGCAGAUCUAAGUUACAGAAAUGCGGUUCGCAUUUUCUCUUAUGAAGGUUCAAAAGUAGAAAUGGGAAAGUAAUUUUGUUGAGUAAGAAAGUGGUGGUGUUUGCAUGUUCUCAUAUGAAAAGGUUCGAAAGUAAUUGAGUUUGCUAGGUAAGAAACUAGUCUUGUCUUGUUGAUAUGAUAAUUCCACAGCGGCAAUGGUAUAUAAAUGACAUCCUGAAAUUGACAUAUUAACGGACUGUUUUAGUCACAUCUUCUUCCAUGUUCCAUCCUUUAUCUGAUAAAAACCCUAAAGGCUGCAGCUUGCAUAUGGAUAUAUAAUAACUGUCUCUCUGUUUUAAAUGC